AUGCCGAAUAUAACGACAACAAGCACGAUACUUAAAUGCGAGGAAAUCCUUGCAACUUUCGGAAUACCAGAUGUAAUCGUUUCUGAUCACGGAACUCAAUUCAAUUCCCGUGAGUUCAAAGACUUCUUAAAGAGAAAUGGUAUUCAGCAUAAGCAAGGUGCCCCUUACCAUCCCGCAACGAACGGGCAAGCAGAACGUUUUGUCCAGACUUUGAAGACAAAGCUGAAGGCAGCUAAGGCCGUAGAAGCAAAUGUGAAAAAGGCACUAAAUACGAUUUUGUUGGCAUAUCGGCGAUCUAUUCAUCCUGAAACAAAUAAGUCUCCGGCAAUGUUAAUGCUUGGCAUUCAAAUUCAAACAAAAUUAGACCUAAUGACUAAAAGUUCUCAAAAAAAUUUACCGAAACCAGAGAAGCCGAAGAAACAAUUUUCCCAGGAGGAGAGAGUGGCUGUUAGAGAUUACCUCUCAACGCAUAAAUGGCAGUUCGGUAAAGUGCUAGAAUCAUCAGGAAAUUUACAUUACCAGGUGCGACUGGACGACAAUAGGACAUGGAGACGUCAUGCUGACCAAAUGCGCCGUGUGGGACAAGAUUUAGGAAAUCGUGUCGAAGGUGAGCAACAUCUGCAGCAGCAGCGAGGAAAUGAAGAUAGCUAUGAGCAACAGGCUGAAACAUCGAUUGCGAGAUCAUCUGACCCUACAUCGUCAGCAAGCGAAGUACAUGUUUCCGCUCCAUCUAGCCCCGAAAUCCGUCGUUCAAGCAGAAUUUCAAAACAACCAGAUAUAUGGCAAUAUCAAUAA